AGACACAGCGCAUUCAGUGUAGGGAGAAGCAGGGACUCACUAUGAGGGGGAACUUUGUUACUAUGAAACUUAGGAAUAUUUGCAAAAUAUUGUAAAAAUUCUCAAAAUCCCUCGUGAAUCAAUAACCUGCCCCCAGGGUUUAAGGUUUUUAGUUUAGUUUGCCCGGAAAGGGCUUCUACACUCACUAUUCUGACACUUUUUUGAAAGAAUGUGUGAGACAGACAGUUAGCCAGCUAGCUAGCUAGCUGAGAGGUGAUACAGGCGGCAGGAGAACAAAAGAUUUUUUUGCGUUUUGGCCGGUUGUACUGACACCAAGUCCAUGCAGAACGUGUCAUUACCAUCACAAUGCCCGUUUUACUUUUUCUGAUAGACACGUCCGCUUCAAUGAACCAGCGCACCCAUCUGGGCACUACCUAUCUGGACAUAGCAAAAGGCGCUGUUGAGACUUUUAUGAAGCUCAGAGGGAGAGAUCCGGCGAGCCGAGGGGACCGGUAUAUGUUGGUAAAUUUUGAAGACGUUCCGUACGGGAUAAAGGCUGGAUGGAAAGAGAGCCAUGCCACUUUCAUGACAGAGCUGAGGAACCUCCAAGCAACCGGACUGACAACUAUCGGCCAGUCCUUGAGGACCGCUUUUGAUUUACUCAAUCUCAAUAGAUUAGUGACUGGGAUAGACAACUAUGGACAGGGAAGGAAUCCCUUUUUCCUCGAACCCGCCAUCAUAAUCGCCAUCAGUGAUGGCAACAAGCUGACCAGCAGCGGCGGAGUCCAAGACGAGCUCCAUUUGCCCCUUACCACCCCACUGCCGGGUAGCGAGCUCACCAAGGAGCCUUUCCGCUGGGACCAGCGUCUGUUCGCUCUGGUGCUGCGCAUCCCCGGCAGCGCUUCAGUCGAGCCCGAACCCCUCGGUGGCGUCCCACCAGAUGAUUCUCCAAUCACCCCCAUGUGUGAGGUCACCGGAGGACGUUCCUACAGUGUAUUCUCCCAGCGUAUGUUGAAUCAGUGUCUGGAGUCUCUGGUGCAGAAAAUCCAGAGUGGAGUAGUGAUAAACUUUGAGAAGACCGGCCCCGACCCUCCUCCUUUAGAGGAUGCUCCACCCGAGACACUGAAGUCUGGCAUACAGCCUUGGCAUUGCUGUCACAAGCUGAUCUACGUACGACCCAACCCUAAAACCGGUGUGCCUAUUGGUCAUUGGCCCAUCCCUGAGGCCUUUUGGCCGGACCAAAAUUCUCCAACGCUCCCCCCGCGUUCAGCCCACCCCCAUGUUCGUUUCUCCUGUCUGGACGCAGAGCCAAUGGUGAUAGACAAGGUGCCCUUUGACAAGUAUGAGCUGGAGCCUUCGCCCCUCACCCAGUAUAUACUGGAGAGGAAGUCCCCGCACACCUGCUGGCAGGUGUUUGUAUGUAACAGUGCCAAGUACAGUGACCUGGGCCAACCGUUUGGCUACCUGAAGGCCAGCACAGCUCUGAACUGUGUCAACCUGUUUGUGAUGCCCUACAAUUACCCCGUGCUUCUGCCACUUCUGGACGACUUGAUCAAAGUGCACAAGUUCAAGCCUACCAUCAAAUGGCGGCAGUCCUUUGAGAACUACCUGAAGACCAUGCCUCCCUAUUACAUCGGGUCCCUGAGGAAAGCAUUGAGAAUCAUGGGAGCUCCAAACCUGCUGGCCGACAACAUGGAGUAUGGCCUUAGCUACAGCGUGGUCUCCUACCUGAAGAAGCUCAGCCAACAGUCAAAAAUCGAGUAUGACCGCCUGAUCGCCUUGAUUGGUAAGAAGCCCCCUCCAGAGGCUGGCAUCAAGGUGCGUUGGCGGGGGGGAGGUCUGUCUCUGGCCCAGCGCAGGGAUUUCAUCCAGCAGCUGCAGAGCCUCACAGGAGAGGCUCCGUCUCUUCCCAUGGAGCUCAACCCCAAAGAGUUCCAGGGAUUUCAUCUGGCACUGCUCAACAAGGGCCUGAAGCCGCAGAGUUUCAGGAAUCCCUAUGACAUCCCUCGCAGCCACCUGCUGGACCAGCUCACUCGUAUGAGGAGAAACCUGCUUAAGACCAGUGUCUGUAAUCUCAGAGGGCAGGACUCGGACCAGCUCCACAGCGUGCCAAUAGCCCAGAUGGGCAACUACCAAGACUUCCUCAAAGCUGCUCCUCAGCCUCUUCGAGAUGCAGACCCUGAGCAGCCUAAACGUCUGCACACAUUCGGCAACCCCUUCAAACUAGACAAGAAGGGCAUGAUGAUCGACGAGGCGGAUGAGUUUGUGACAGGCCCUCAGAACAAGGGGAAGAGACCAGGAGAUAGCAACAACAUGCCAGGCGGCGGGCCCAAGAGACGUCGCUGCAUGUCGCCCCUGCUGCGUCUGGGCAGGGCCUACACCCCUCCAGUAACACCCCCUGCCAGCCCUCGACCAAGUGCAGACAUGGACAUGAGUGAUGGAGCACCUGAACCAGACCUGAUCAUCAACCACCUGAAUCAGAACCACUACUCCUCAGACAGGAGCUCGGACUCAGAAGCAGAUCAUCUCUCGGGGCCCGCCGACCACCAGGAGAACCACAUGGCCUCGGACCCCCAUGACCUCAUUCACAGGGAAGAGGGGGAGAACGGGCGACAUCAGGUGGGCGAGCUGCCGCCGGGCUGCGAGGGAGGAGCAGAGAUGAUGCUGUUGGAGGAGCAGCCUCAGCGCUACCUGUCACCUGCAGCUCUGAAGAAGCACAUUCUCACUGAGACGACGAAGGUCAACAACGAGCUGAGGGCGCUCAUCACCAAGGAGAUCAGAAAACCUGGAAGACACUACGAGAAGAUCUUCCUCCUCUUGAAGCAGAUCCAGGGCACUCUGGACACCCGACUCAUCUUCCUCCAAAACAUCAUCAAAGAGGCGGCCAGGUUCAAGAAGCGUGUUCUCAUCGAGCAGCUGGAGAACUUCCUCGAAGAGAUCCACAGCAGAUCCAAUAACAUGAACCACGUGGACACACUCUGAGACCGGCUCAUUCCCCAACUGAACUUACAGAUAACGAAUGCACAACCCUCCACAUCCUUCUGAAAAGCCCUUCCUGUACCGGGGCCCCUCCUGCGGAGACGAGAUUGCAUCCAGCCCUUGAACGUUCACCUCCUCAGUGGCCGCUCUUCAUUUUCUCAGCACUGUGGAUGGUCUUGUUGUUUUGCACACGGCGCGUGCAUUUUCCAGAAAUCCAAAAGAGAGAGGACGGAAGCAUUUUAUCAUUGCUAUGAGUUUGCAAACACAAUAAGGUCUUUGGCCUGUAGAACACUUGAGCACAGUUAUUUUUUGAUCUGUGAACCCGUCCUGAGGCAGUCCUGUGGAGGACUUUUUCUGGAGAGGAACUGAUUGCAGCCUGCACCUGGAUGUUGUGUUCAGUCAUGUUUUGAAUGUGAUGAUGUGAUGGACCAGCAAUGUAGAAGAAUGCCAGGUCCUGUGUGUGUGUGCGUGCGUGUGUGUGUGUGUGUGUGUGCACGUGUGGCUGUGGCUGCGGCUGCGUGCGCGUUUUCAGCCAACUCAGGGUCAAACGGGAUACAGCAGAGAUGCUCAUGAAAUUCUGCCCUCAUGCCCUUUCAUUCACUUUUCUUUCUGUCUUAUUAAGUUUUCUUCUUUUUUUGGCAUUUUGUCAUGUGGGAGGAUGAGAGUCAGAUGUUUUGUUGCAACUGAAAUUUACUUUCUGCACUCCAAUAAGUGAAGCACUCCACUGCUGUGCUCUUAAAAUGGACCUGGCUUGAGUAUUGAAUUUGUCAACUUGUGGUUCAAUUUGAAUCUUGAAUCUGUCUACUCGUGGUUUACCUCCAAGAAUGACAAUUAAUAUUAUUGAGUAGUAACUUAAGAAUGAAUCAUUUUUGUUCUCCCUGGGGAGAACAAAACUGAUCCACAGUUUUCAUUAUACCUGAAGAUAAAACUUAAAAAGUCUGUGUCUUGUGCAAUGCAGGUUUUCAGAGAGAGCAACACAAAAUGAAAUCAUUCUGAAUGAUGCAGCAUCAUUGGAUACAAAUGUUGAAAUACAGGGACAAAAAGCUCAGGAACUAACACUAAUGCAUCAUAUUCAGCAAUAACAUUGGAGAUACUUUAACACCCCCCUCCAUUUUAAUCUUCAUUUUAGCCUGAAACAGCUGAUAUGCAACACUGACGUGUUGAUGAACUGAGGGUUCGGAUGCCAGCUUGUCUCAACGUGCUGGUUGCUGCCAAAUAACUUAACCCGCCCCUUAAACUCCUUGCUGCCAUGAAUCUCAAACCAACUCCUUGUCACUUAACCGUGAAUGCACUUGUGUAAAUUUGAGAAUGUUUAUUUAAUGUAAUUUAAAAGAAACAAAUCACCUUUGUUGCAGAAUUUUGUUUUCCAGCAAUCUUAUUUUUGUCAGGCCUGUUCAAUUUUCUCAAAUGUACACAAAUAAUCUGAAUUAAGGUCUAUAGGUCAAGAGUUGAUUUCUGAUUCAGAGGGCAACCCUCUUCUGUUCCCUCCCUCCUUGGACAGGGACCAAAAUCUGCCAUACUUACCUUUGUUUGUGAAGAGGCCGCUACCAAAAGAGUAUUUUGAAUACACUGUAAAGAUGUAAAUAACCCUAGAGUACUAUUUAAAGACAUUGUUCAGUGGAAAACGGCCUUUUUGUAAGUAUUUCAUGAAUAAAGUUUCUAUUUUACACUGUGAAGGGCCAUGUAAAUAAAGUGUUGUG